AUGGCAUUGAAGGGUGGCAACCAACAGAUGGAGCAGUAUAGUACAGCAACGUCCUCGCAAACCGAAAUAUGCGAGGACAACACAUGGUUCUCGAGCAAUAUAGCAAUGCUCUGCGGCAGCAGUGGCGGCAGCGGCGGACGAAACUACCUCGCACAUACUGUAUCCUCCGAGGAGUCCGGCAUGGAUGUCAUCCAACAUGGCCAGGACGAGGCUAAAACCGACUCUCAUCUCUCGACAUUUGCAAUACCCCGUGUUAGAAGCGAUUUGGAAAGCCAUUCUUGUCAAUACCCAGGCUGCUCGAUUGACCAAGCUUUAAAUAAUUUCGAAUGCCAGCCCGUCAUCUGCUGGUUCAUAUGUGCACCUAGUCCAGAGUUUCUAAACACGAUUCUGCAGGCGCGACCCGCCGGCUGCUCUGAGCAUGCGCAGAAUUCCCUCAGGACACGCGCCUUCCGAGAGGAUGCCGAACAUUCCUGCCUACAGCUACAUAAAGGGCCUCCCAUUGGCCAAGAUACGCCCGAAGUUGAGCCCUAUAACAUCUUUGAGUCGUGUUCCAGUAUCAAGGACGGCAUACCGCAUGCCCCCACCUCGGGUCUCGGUAGUGUACCAGCCAUCAUCUCGCAACGGCAAUUCAAAUGCAGUCAUCCAGGUUGCGAGAUCUCCUUCAAACGAAAGGAGGCACUCAAACGUCAUUUGACAAUUCAUUCGGGAAAACGACCCUACAUCUGUUGGGUUCCUGGCUGUCAACGCGGUUUCUCGCGUCGUGAUAACCUCAGCGCCCAUCAUACCUCGCACGGAAAACAUGGAGGGCUGAAUCGUUACGUAGCCACCCUGGACAAGGCGAGUCCAAUCUAUGAUCCUCACUAUUGUGGGCAGCUGACGCCUCAAGGGUGGCCAAUCGGGCAUACGGGCUAUAACUCGCGGUGA